UUAAAAAAAAAUGUACAAGGAAAUUUAUAAAUUAUUAAAGUAGGUAAAAUAACUGGAUAGAUAAUUACAAAAGAUAGCUUAGAUAUUAAUAAAAAUUAUAUUUUUAGAGUGACAACAAAUUAAAGUUUUGAUGCUUAUUUUCAUAUAGCAAUAGGAAUAAUGGAAAAAUCAAAAGCUUUUGAACAAUAACUAAGAUAAUAUGAUUUAUGCUUUCUUACAAGUUAACCUAAUAAAGGUUUAGAUAUAAUUGAAAAAGGUUAAAAUUUAUGUGAUGAAGGAAAAAGAUUAUAAGGAAUUGAAGUGAGAAUUAAUAUUUCUAAAAGAAUUUUAAAGUUUUGUAGUUAUCCAAAUUAUUACCAUAUAAACUCAUGUAAAGCUGAAAAGAUACAAGAUAUUGAUUAUAAUUUUUGUAUUCAAAUUUCAUGUAUUAAAGGAAAUUUUAUUUUGGGGGUUGAAACAAUAUCAGAUGUAAGUGAUGAUUCAUUUUAAACUUUUAAUUGA